UUGCGCUGUAAUGCUCCAGACUAGGGCGGCUGGGCUUGGAGGACCUCGGGGAGGGGUGGGAUCAGGUCUGAGCGGUUCCAACUUCGGCUAGUGCCGCGCCUUCUCUGGCCUUCUGUCUCCGGUCUCAGCCCUCCAGCCGCCCGUGAGAGUCCCGCGUGGGCCACAACCACGCCCACCUAUCAGAACCGCGGAGAAAGGAAGCCACCAUGCUCCCCACAUCUGACGUGUUGAGUCAAGAUGAACUGCGCAAAAAGCUGUACCAGACGUUUAAGGAUCGGGGUAUACUGGACUCACUGAAGACGCAACUCCGAAACCAGCUAAUUCACGAACUGAUGCACCCUGUACUGAGUGGCGAAGUGCAGUCCCUCUCCCUCUCAGUGGAAGGGAGCUCCCUCUUAACACACGCUUCCAACUCUCUGGUGGCAGAUCACUUACAGAGAUGCGGCUAUGAAUGUUCGCUUUCUGUCUUCUUUCCCGAAAGUGGUUUGGCAAAAGAAAAGGUGUUUACUAUGCAGGAUCUAUUACAGCUCAUUAAACUCAACCCUGAAUCCAGUCUGUACAAAUCACUGAUUUCAGGAUUUGACAAAGAAAACCAAAAAGGUUUUCUCAUGCAGUUUCUGAAAGAAUUGGCAGAAUAUCAUCAGGCUAAAGAGAGUUGCAGUAUGGGAACUCAGACAACUUCACCAUUUCCCGUCAAAGACUCCCUUGCUGAGAAGCUUCAGCUUAUUGACGAUGAGUUUGCAGGUGCUUACCCUCAGCAUCCAAAGUUAGAAUCUUUAGAAAUCAAGUUAAACGAAUAUAAGAGAGAAAUUGAACAGCAGCUACGGGCAGAAAUGAGUCAAAGGCUGAAGUAUUUUAAAGAUACUGAAAUAGCGAAAAUUAAAAUGGAAGAGAAAAGAAAGUGUGAGAAGGAAUUAGCUGAGUUGCGGAACGAAUUUGAGAAAGCUUGUCAAGCAAAAUCUGAAGCCCUGAUUUCUCGGGAAAAGAUGACCCUUAAGAGAAUUCAAAAGCACCAGGAGAAUGAAACAAAAGAAAUUUAUACUCAAAGGCAGCUUCUGCUAAAAGAUAUAGAUUUGCUGAGAGGCAGAGAAGCUGAGCUGAAGCAAAGAAUUGAAGCUUUUGAAUUGGCCCAGAGGCUACAAGAAGAAGAAAACAAAAGCGUGACUGAUGGGCUUAGGAGGCGGGAGCUGAAUAUAAAGAGUAUUGAGGAGGCCUAUGACCAAAAGCUCAAGAACGAACUCCUAAAGUAUCAACUUGAACUGAAGGAGGACUGCGUCGCUAGAACUAAUAGAUUGAUCGAAGAUAAGAGGAAGAAUAAAGAAAAAGCUAUACAUUUCCAAGAGGAGAUUGCAACUCUUAAUUUUAAAAAGGAAGAACUGGAUCGUUCUGUAAAUCGUGUGAAAGAACUUGAGCUUCAGUUGGAGUCUGUCAAAGCUCAGUGUUUGGCAUUAACAAAGCAAAACCACGUGCUGAGCAAGAAGGUUAAAGAGAUGAGCAACUAUUCACUACUGAAAGAAGGGAAGCUGGAGCUUGAGGCGCAAAAUAAACUACUUAAACAACAACUGGAAGACAUGAAAAGUGAAAACUUGAAUCUCGUAAACCGCAUAGCUCAGCCAUCUCCUAAACUGCUGAUUUUUCAGAAAGAAUUAAAGAAAGCAGAAGAUGCUAUCACCUUUGAGCAUAAGGAGUUUGAAACCCAGAAACAAGCUCUGCAAAAGCAGCUGCAAAGUGAAGUUGAGCACUCCGCCCAGCUGAAGGCCCAGAUACUAGAAUACGAUGCUUCUGUCCAGGGAUUAACUGUGCAGCUUACCGAUUUGAAAUUGCAACUGAAACAAACUCAGAUAGCUCUGGAGAACGAAGUGUACCGCAACACGAAGCAGUCUUUGUUAAAUCACUCCAUCAGUGGGUUAAUGAGUGGCAAGGAGGGACCUCGUGAUGGUGACGUAAGCGGGGAUUUCUUGAAAAAUCCUCUGAGACAAGAGGAACUGAUGGCAGUCCCAGUUACACCACAGAUCCCCAGUUACCCAAAUGCCAGCACGGAGAGUAGUUCCCCCGAUUCCGACCUUGAGUUUGUAGCCAAUACCACGGCAAGGGUGAGAGAGCUGGAGCAAGAGGCCGAGCGCUUGGAAAAAGCUUUCCAAAACUACCAUCGAAGGGUCAGUCGGUGCCCCGCCAAGAGCCCAUCGGCAGCCAGGAGCCUGCCCUCCCUGCACCUGCUGAGAGCUCUCAAGAAUGUUCCUGCACGUGCUCCUGAGAAGUGUGUUUUUGCAGAGGACAGAGUUGCCUCUCAGCAGCCUCUCUUGAAUGCGCAUAGAGGGGACGAGAGUGAGGUAUCUGAGGUGCCAGGCAGCACAGCCUCAAGGUCACACAAGGACACGGCCUCCGGACGCCUCUCCUCCACUCCCCUCCCCAAAGCAAGGAGAAGCCUUGAUAGUGAGAUGUACCUGGAAGGUCUGGGCCAGUCCCCCGCCGCUGUCCCCGGUCCCGACAGAACGCCGCAGCCUUCACCUGCCGAGUCCAGGCACAGCCUUUCCGUGCACUCGCUCUCCAGCCCUGCGGAGCAGGAGGCCGGUCUUUAUCAAAAACAAACAGAACUUCAAGGCACAAGUGAAUUUUCAAAUCCAGACAAGCUAGCUUUUAAGGAUCGUGAAGAAUUUGAACUAUCAUCUUUUGAAUAUGCAGGGAACGUGCCGAGGCAGUUUGAGAUGGACGGCCUCCAUCCUGCUGGCAACAUGCCUCACGUGGAAGGUGCUGCAGCCACUGUGCCUGCCAGACCUGUCUCUUAUCGGUACCCAAGUGUAGAUCAGAAACCACUUGGAGAACAGGAGGAAGAAGAAACAAUACGGGAACAACAAGCAAAGGAACGAAGUCAGGGAGAAGAACAGAGGCAGAGCGGGUGGCAAGAAACUCUGGAAAGGGAACGGCAAGAAGUAGAAAAGCUGGACCAGGAAAGGAGGCUAAUUGAAGAAUCAUUGAAGAUGGAAAUGGAAAAAGAAUUCGAAAUGAGCAUUCAGGAAACGAAAGACAAAUCUAAAUCUGUCUGUAGUGAAAAUCUUUUAGAGAAGUACAUGAAGAUCCUCCAACAGGGUCAAGACCAGGACACCACAGAUAAGAGUUCAAAAAAGGUGGUCAUAGAGGGCUCACAGGUGGACACACUGCCAUCUAGUGACAAAGAUGAAAGCUUUGAGAUAUAAUGGACGUAUAACAUUGUGUGAGUUUAAGCAUUUCAGAUGGCUGUAUCAUCUCGGACGCCUGUGAAUACAGCUUUUGAAAUGUGAGCCACUCCCCUGCAGGCUGCCUGCUCCUGCCUCUGCAAGACCCCCUGAACGGAGUCUGUUUAAGUCUUCCCCAGCAAAAAGAUUACCACUCGCUGAAGUCUCAGAUGAUGGAUAGCAUUUUCGGCAAUGAAGUCUCUUUUAAUUAAGAAUCCAAAUUGCAUCACCUACCGUGGAUGCCAAGACCACCACCUCGUACUUCCUGCACUCUAGACAUGGGGGCUGUUUUCCGAAGGCUGGGCACCUGCUGCCCCGGCUGGACCCCAGACCAGUUACAUCGGAGUAGCUGGGGGCUGGGCCCCAGCGUCAGGAUAUGAUACUGCUCCAGCGUGCCUGCAGCCCGAUCCUGGAUAGACACGCUGAGCAGCCAGUAUCUCGGAAAUGCUUCUGGACUGAAGCUCCAGUUGGAAACUUGGAAAACCACUGUCCUUCCGCACAGAGAGCGCGGCCCGGGGUGUCUCCCACUGUACCCAGCUCACCUCUGCAGGCACCUCGUCCACUCGGCGGCGGCUCUUGCUGCCGUGAAUGCCUAGUUGUUUCUGCCAAGAACAGGAUUUCCUACCAUCCUGGCCAGAAGCACUACUGAAACUGCCUUCUCUCCCUCAACAGGGAAGUCGGGUCUACAGUGAUGGACAGGAGGCACCCUGGCCCCUUCUGUGGCCUGUCAAAACGAACCGACCUUAGCUGCCGAGGAAAAUGGAGCACACUGAGGGAAAGAGUAUAAUAAACUCUUCCAAUAGAAUGGAUGAAACCCAGCUGGAUGCUUAGAUGCCCAUGUACUAAUUAAGGCCCAGACACAUGCACAAGAGGAUACCAAUGAAUCGAGGAGAUGAAAAGGAAGUACCGUAUUGCCGGAUGUCCACGCAGAUCUGCUCCACCCCGGCUGUCCCGUUCGUCUGGGGGGACUUGAUGACUUCACAGGUUGACCAUAUGUUGUAGAACAUAAACACGGGCACCGCAGAGAAACCAAACACGCCCAGCCAGGCCACUCCCAGCACAUAGGUGAGGAAGACGAACUAGGCCGAAAAGGAGAAAGAAUCGUCACCGACCAGGGCGAAGCACCUCCCCCGGGAGGAAUGAUGACGCACUUCCCAGCCGAUACCGAACCUGUGGGACGCGGUCAGAGCACCACCCGGACCACGGCAGUGACAAAGGAAGUCUUGGAACUUUGCGGGUCCCUCUUUUAGCAAGGACAUGAGUGGCCACGAGAGGAUCUCCCGUGUCCAAGGUCACAGAGCUAGUUGGUGACAGGGCCUCCUCCUAAACACCAGUGCUGCACUUACCAGGGGACAGUGGCUGGAGGCUUUCACAGGCCACUGAAUUCUAACUCUGUACCAGCUUCCCAAAUUCCCUUUCUUUUAUGUAAGAGAUGGGCCGUAGAACAGCCCUUGCUACAGGAAGCCCUUUCUCCAAAGGAACUUGGCUAGUUUCAUGAUCCUGUGAAAUUACUAAAAAGCAUUAGAUGCUUGCACCUUUACUGCAUUUACACUAGCCAUGAUCACAAGCUUAGUGCACAGUGGACCUG